AUGGCCUCCGUUGCUCCCAUCACCGGCAUGCUCCGCCGCACCCUGGUCCUUGACCUGAGCACCGCUUUCGGUUUCGGUACCACUUUCGGCUACCUCUGGUGGUACGGCUUCCACCUCCCCCGCGUCCGUGCCCGUGACAACUACUACACCCGCCUUGAGGCCGAGCGCGCUGCUGCCCAGCAGUAA